CGUAUCCGGCCAGCAGCAUGCUGGGAAAUGUAUUCCUCAUCCCUUUAUUCCGUUCCCACCGUCUCCGACGCGAAAGAUGCCGGCCGUACACCACAAAUUAUUACUCGAGGAGGCCUUGCAAGACAGUCCGCAGACGCGGUCCUUGCUCAGUGUGUUUGAAGAGGAUGCAGGCACGCUCACUAACUACACAAACCAGCUGCUCCAGUCUAUGCAAAGAGUGUUUGGAGCACAGAAUGAAAUGGCUCUGGCGACAGAACAGCUUUCUAAGCAGCUCUUGGAUUAUGAGAAACAGAAUUUUGCUCUGGCAAAGGGCGAUGAAGAGGUGAUCAACACUUUACAGCACUUCGCCAAAAGCGUGGAAGAGCUGAACUCUCUGCACGUUGAACUGGCGUCUCAGAUUGCAGACAAGAUGGUGUUUCCCAUGGUGCAAUUCAGAGAGAAGGACCUUACAGAGAUCAGCACGUUGAAGGAGAUAUUCGGCAUCGCCAGCGAUGAGCAUGAAGCUGCCAUGGUGAAAUAUAGUCGUUUACCUAAAAAGAGAGAGAAUGAGAAGAUAAAAGCCGAGGUGGUGAGAGAGGUGGCGUAUUGCCGCAGGAAGCAGCAUCAGGCGGCGAUGCAGUAUUAUUGUGCUCUGAACGCGCUGCAGUACAGGAAGAGAGUGGCCAUGCUGGAGCCCAUGCUGGGAUACACACACGCUCAGAUUAAUUUCUUUAAGAAGGGGAUGGAGCUGGUGUCGAAGAAGAUGGACGGUUUUCUAAGCUCAGUUUCCAGCAUGAAUCAGAGUAUUGAGUCUCAGUUAGAGGUGGAAGCAGAGGUCAUGCGUUCGUCUCAGAGAGAGCUCCUGUCCGUGGAUGACACCGUCUACAUGCCGGAUCACGAUCAGGUCCCUGUGAAUCGCGGCCUCAUCCAGAAAGCUGGUUACCUCAACAUCAGGAAUAAGACGGGUCUGGUGACCACGGCGUGGGACCGCUUGUUCUUCUUCACGCAGGGCGGUAAUCUGAUGUGUCAGCCGCGGGGCGCGGUGGCAGGUGGGAUGGUCCUGGAUCUGGACAACAGUUCUGUCAUGGCCAUCGAGUGUGAGGACCGCCGCUACUGCUUCCAGAUCACUGCACCCAACGGCAAAACGUCUCUGAUUCUUCAGGCUGAGAGUAAGAAGGAAUAUGAAGAGUGGAUCUGCACCCUCAACAACAUUUCCAGACAAAUUUAUCUAACUGACAAUCCUGAGGCCGUGGCGAUCAGGCUGCAUCAGACGGCCCUCCAGGCCGUGACCCCCAUCACCAGCUUUGAGAAGAGAGCAGAGGGUUCUCCUAACCCCGACCGAGCGAAACCAGGUGCUGGGAGCUCUAGAGAGCCUCAGAAACCCCCGACGACCCUGGAGCCUGAAGAUCUGAUCGUCCCAGGAACACCGAUCCAGUUUGACAUUGUGCUGCCUGCGUCCGAGUUCCUGGACCAGAACCGAGCUGGAGCGAGACGCACAAACCCCUUCGGUGAGACGGAGGAUGAUGACGACGCUUCAGACACACACGAUUCGCUCCUGCAGCAGGUGUUUGCCGUGCGGUUCUUGGGUUCGAUGGCCGUUCGGGCCGGUCACACACAGGAAGUGAUCUAUGAAGCCAUGAGGCAGGUUCUCGCCGCUCGUGCGAUUCACAACAUCUUCAAAACCACCGAAUCCCACCUGAUGGUCACCAGCAGCUGCAUCAGACUGAUCGAUCCACAGACACAAGUCACCAAGAUCAGUUUCCAGCUGAAGGAGGUGACUCAGUUUGCCGCCCAUCAGGAGAACAGCAGGCUGAUGGGCUUUGUCCUGCAGGGGAGCGACUGGAGC